AUGUUCAGUGUAGUUCAUUUUUGUGCCUUAGUUUUAAGUUUCACUCUAGUCCUCUCAGUGACACACGUUGACGGUGCCAGCAGUCGCCGGACCGACGUGGACCAGCAGCACCCAAGAUCGGACAGCCGUGCCUUGAACAGUGUGCCGGUGUACGAUGCCCGAGAGGAAGUGUCCGAGUACUGGCAUGAUGUGGCGCAGCGCACACUUACGGAACAUACAAGCCAGCGCAACAACGCGCGGAAGGCCAAGAAUGCCAUUUUCUUCAUUGGCGACGGCCUGUCGCUGCCGACGGUAGCCGCCACCCGGAUGUACAUGGGUAAUGAGAACGCUUCGUUGUCGUUCGAGCAGUUCCCCUACUUUGGACUGGCCAAAACCUACUGCGUAAAUCGGCAGGUGGCGGACUCGGCCUGCACUGCCACGGCGUUCCUGUCCGGGGUGAAGAUCAACUACGCCAUGCUCAAUGUGGCGGCCAGCGUACCGCGUAGCACCUGCGAAUACGAUCACGAGGCCACGGAGUUCAAGGGAUUGCUAAAGUGGGCUCAGGAUGCCGGAAAGGUUACGGGGCUGGUGACGAACACCCGCAUAACGCAUGCUACCCCGGCCGGAGCGUACGCCAGUAGUGCCAAUCGCGACUGGGAGGAUGACAGUGAGGUCAAUGCAAACUGUGCUUCCACUCCGGAUGAACGCAAACCUGUGGAUAUUGCCAGCCAGCUGGUUCACGGAGAAGUCGGUAAAAAAAUUAAGGUAAUCCUCGGUUGCGGAAGGCGUCAGUUUCUGCCCAAGGGCACUCUGGACGAGGAUGGCGCCAAUGGAACUCGCUCGGACGGAGUGAAUCUGAUCGAGCAAUGGAAACAGGUGCACGCCGACCUCGGUCGGGCGGAGUACGUAUCCGACAAGCGCAGUCUCCUGGAGGCGGCCAAAUCGAACCAGGUUGACUAUCUGCUGGGCCUGUUUGGCAGCAGCCACUGUCUGUACAAUCUGGAGAUCGACGGCCAGCAACUGCCGGAGGAAGAGCGCAAGCCUAAGCUUUCCGAAAUGGUAGAAGCAGCGCUGCAGAUGCUGGAGGACAGCGACCAGGGCUACGUGCUGUUCGUUGAGGGUGGACUCAUCGACAUGGCCCACCAUUCAAACCGGGCGAGACUUUCGCUGGAUGAAACCAACGAGUUCCAUAAAGCCAUCGAGUUGGCCCGCACGCGAACGAGCAUCGACGAUACCCUGAUCGUGGUGUCAUCCGACCACAGUCACACGUUGAUGUACAACGGUUACCCGACCCGUGGCAGCGAUAUCCUGGGCAUCGGAGACAUCAGCGGUGUAGACAAGCUACCGUAUACGACGCUGAGCUACGCGAACGGUGAAGGCUUCACCGAUACCUACACCAACGGUAAUCCGUCCAAUCGGAUUGAUAUCAGCAACUACGACUUCAAGAAUUACCGGCAGCGCUAUCUCGCCACCGUGCCACUGUCAUCGGAAACGCAUGGUGGCGAGGACGUUGGCAUUUACGCGAGCGGUCCGAGUGCCCAUCUGUUCGUCGGCAGUCUGGAGCAAAACGUGAUACCGAUGCUGAUAGCCUAUGCGACCAACAUCGGGGCCGAGCUGGGCUGGGAACCGGAACCCAAUCCGGUCGAUGAUGAUGGCGAUGCCAGCACGCUGUCACUCUCGAUGAUGGUACCGAUUGGACUAUCGCUGGCGAGUACACUCGCGCGCUGGCUGCACCGCCACGUGAUGAUGGCGCACUGA